AUGCCUCGCACAAGCAGGGCAGAGAAAUCGUUGAAGUCAUGCAACGAGGACCGGAUCAGCGCCCUGCCGGACGACGUCCUGCGCCAUGUUCUUGGCUUCCUGCCGGCAGAUGAGGCAGUGCGCACCUGCCUGCUUGCCCGGCGCUGGCGCUACCUUUGGAAAUCCAUGCGCCGUCUUCGCAUCAACAAAAUUGGGAGGUGGGGGAGCAGCUCUGGCGUUUUCCUUACCAAGUUUGUGAGCUGCAUGCUGCUUCUCCGAGACCCUGGCUCAACUCUAGAUGAGGUCGAGAUCGAGUAUGAACGUCAUUUUGACGACGAUCAUACUUGGACAUCAACAUGGAUCCAUCAUGCUUUGUCAUGCCAAGCUCAGGUCCUCACUGUCAAGUUCCCUUUGCAUCAGUUCUUGGUCUGCUAUUUGGACGGCCCUCCUCUUGUCUCCCGGUAUUUAAGAAGAUUGCAGGUUUCUGAUGUGACGUUGAAAAGCAACUUCCUAAAAUUUUCAAGCUGUUCAGCACUGGAGUAUCUGAAGAUAAAAGACAGCAACUUAGAGACUGUGAGUAGCGUCCUUUCCCAGUCUUUAAAGCAUCUGAGCAUCGAGGAUUGUUAUUUAAAAAAUGAUGGCCGGAUUCGUAUUUCUGUCCCAAAUCUUGUUUCACUGCAACUCAUAUCAUGUGGAGGUAGAGUCCCAUUGCUCGAAGGCAUGCUGUCAUUAGAAACCGCAGUUGUCAGGCCUCAAGUCUGCUGGAAGGAUUGCUGUCUUGAAGGUGUGGCUGAGGGGUGUUGUGGUACUUGUGCGAAUUGUUGUGGUAAUGAUGACCACAAUGGUGGCUGUAUACUUUUUGGAGGUCUGUCUCGUGCUAAAAACCUGGAGUUGACAGCUGAUCCGGAAAUGUUUAUUUUCAGAAGGGAUUUGAGGUGGUGCCCUACAUUUAGUAGGUUAAAGACAUUGUUGCUGAGCGAGUGGUGUGUGCAACCUGACCUCCAUGCACUAGUUUGUAUGCUUGAACAUUCACCGGUUCUUGAGAAUCUGACACUUCAAUUGUGUGAGCAAGAAAAAACUAUAUAUGAAAUGGAAGUGGAAGAAAAUCCUGGUUUGAUGGAGAAACCAGCUGCUAUUUCGGGAUACCUGAAGACUAUCGAAGUCAAAUGUGAAGAGGUUGAUAACAGAGUUUGCAAAGUUCUGAAGUUCUUGAGUACAUUUGGCAUUGCAAUUACUAUCCAAAGGACUAACAGAUAG